AUGGACCGCCCCCUCGCCCAUGAUGAAAAUCCACAUGUGACCACACCGGCCGUCCACACCGGCCGUCUCCUCCAGUGUGAAACUUUACCCUCCAAUGGGCCACAGACCAUGGGGGAACGACCGGGGAAAAGACAGAAGGACGAAGCAAAGGGUCCAAACAGCGGCAGCCUCCAUUCUCGUUGGGUCGCUCACCCGUUUCCCUUCCCCAUCGGCCCAACGGUUCCCGAUGACACAAUAUUCCAGGAUGGGCCAAACGAGAGGCCAAGGAAGAGAAGAGGGGGAAAGGGCAGUAUGAUGCAGGCCGUUGCGCCUCCUGCGGGAGUGGAUAUGUGCGGUCAGGGAAAUUGGCUUGGAUCCCUGCCUCAGUCGGGACCGCAUGCAUUGGGCAAGGCAUCUCCGCAUUGCCACCCGGAGCCUUCUGAUUGA